AUGGUAUAUAGAUAUCCCAUACCGGUAUUUGGUGGUUUCGUGCAGUAUCAAACCAAGUAUGUAACCGACGAAGCGAGUAUGCAGGAGAUGUUUUCAAUGUAUUUUGAAAGUCGCGGUCAGAUAUCGGUGAUAGAGUUGUACGUCGAAUUCGAACAAUCUGAAGCGGACCGAAAUAUUGAAGGGGAAGAAUACGAUAAUGACAGUGAGGAAGAGUUUGAAAGCAAUUACGAAGCUGUUGCUCCAGAAGGAGAAGAAGAUCAAGGUGACGGGGUGGUGGCUCCAAAUGUGGGAGACGUUGCAAAUGCACUUGCAAACGAAGAUCCCUUUGAGGAGCCGUCCUUCAUGCGGGUUCUGGACUUGGAAGCCAUGCAUGCGCCGGAGUUUCCGGAAUAUAUGAGUGACGAAAUUCCUAUGGUCGCAGAUGGUGAAUUUGCAAUCGGAAUGGAAUUCAGUUCUAGGGAAGCUGUUAUGAUGGCGGUGAAAGAUUAUACCAUCCGAAGAAGCGUAGACUACCGUGUGUAUGAGUCGAAGCCGUUGACCUUCUAUGCGAAGUGUACACAGUAUGGAUCAGGGUGUGAUUGGCUUAUCAGGGUUAGCAUGAUCAGCAGAAAGUAUUGUUGGGUUAUAAGGAGGUACAACGGUUCUUACACUUGUACUAGAGCCACUAUUUCUCAGGAUCAUUCGAAGCUGGAUUCGAACACAAUUGUGGAAGCAAUAAAGCCGUUGGUUGAGGCUGACCCGUCGAUAAAGGUGAAAUCAGUUAUUGCGGAAGUGCAGUCGAAGUUCAAUUACACCAUCAGCUAUCGGAAAGCAUGGUUGGCGAAGCAAAAAGCAGUGGAAAAAAUAUUUGGCGGUUGGAAAGCAUCAUAUGAAGCUUUGCCUAUAUGGUUUCAGGCCAUGUGUAACAAGGAGCCAUCAGCAAUCGUCCAUUUCGAGACUAUGUCUGCAUAUCAAGGUGAUGAGGAAGUAACUGAUAUCCAGGUAUUGCACAGAGUCUUCUGGAGUUAUUACCCCUGCAUUAGAGGGUUCAGACACUGCAAGCCAGUUGUCCAGGUUGAUGGGACUCACUUGUACGGAAAGUAUAAGGGUUGUUUGUUGGUCGCAGUUUCACAGGAUGGUAACAAUAAUAUCGUCCCUAUUGCGUUUGCAAUUGCAUUUGCUAUUGUGGAGGGAGAGACUUCUGAUGCGUGGCACUUUUUCCUUAGUAACCUGCGACAACAUGUUGUGACUCGGGAUGGUGUGGGACUGAUUUCUGACAGGCACGAAUCCAUCAAUGCAGCUAUUGCCCGGAGCAACGGAGCUUGGUCGCCCCCGAGAGCAUUCCACAUGUUUUGCAUCAGGCAUAUAGAGUCGAACUUCUUGAGAAAGUUCAAGGCACCGUACCUGCAAAAACUUGUGGUCAAUAUAGGUUAUUCGAGGACGGUGCGCGAGUACGAACAGUGCUACCAGCGUUUACGUGAAUGGGGCAAGGCAUAUACGAACUGGCUUAACCGAAUCCCACGCGAACAGUACGCGUUGGCGUAUGACGGUGGCUACCGCUGGGGUCACAUGACGACAAACCUAGUGGAAUGCAUCAACUCAGUGUUGAAGGGGGCACGCAAUCUUCCUAUAACUGCACUUGUCAAAGCCACAUUCUACAGGCUUAACGAGUUGUUCACUAGAAAAAGAGCCGAGGCGGAGUCGCGGAUAACAGCUGGACAUGUUUUUUCUGAGGUUGUCACGUCGAAAUUGAAUGCAAAUCAACUUGCAUGUUCAAACAUCCAGGUUAAUUGCUACUUCGACAGGAUGAAUGAGGUCUUUGAGGUUCGUGAGAUGCCAGGUGGAACUGAGUAUGCCGUCGACCUCCGUCAACAACGAUGUGACUGUGGUGAGUUCCAGGUGGAUCAGAUUCCCUGUCGACAUGUUUUUGCAUGUUGUGCGAAUCAGCGACUGGAUUGGCGAGUGUAUGUCCACGAAGUUUACAAGAUGGACCAAGUUCGGAGGGUUUACCGAGCUAGGUUUCGGCCACUGGGGAAUCCCACAACGUGGCUGUGUACAGCGGCCCUCGAUUUGUCCCGAAUCCGAACCUGA